UAUAAUUUUUUUCAUUUUCAAGACAAUAGUUUUGACCCAAAUGAAACCAACAUUUGAGUAUCCCUAGAGAUCGAAUUCAGGGUUACAUAACUAAAAAUUAAGGAAGUGAUAAAGAAGGUAACUAAAAAUAGGGAUUAAAACCACUAAUACCUUUCCUAAGUUGCAUCCAGCAGUCCCAUGGAAUCCACGUGUGCACUGCCCCACACACCUUGGCUUAGAAAAUUGCCCACUUGGAUCAUUCCUUUCUUUUCUUCUUCCUUUAUGUUUGUUUGGAUGCGGGGGAGUGCAAGCAACCUGGCUGUGCAAACCCAUCUCCCCUGUUUCAGUGUUUUGACUCAACCCCCUUGAAUUGAAUACCGACCCCUAUGCCCCCUAUCUCUGGCUCCACAUGGCCCAUCCCUCCCUCCCUCCCUCCCUCCCUCUUUUUCAACACCUCCAGUUGUUUUUAUAGCCAUUCUCUGUUCACAAGUUCUUCCAACUCCACCUCCCCAGCUUCCCACCAUCUUCUUCUUCUUCUUCACUUCGGUUCAAUUAGGGAAUUGAACAAAUGGGAAUUCUGAGUUCCCCCUUGUCCUGCCACUCAGACCUUAAGAAAUCUCAAUCGAACCAUCUUCAUUCGGACUCAUCAAUCUACCUCUCUUCCCAACCAAGUCUACCCUCUGUUCCGUCUCUCACCCUGCAACACGACCGCCAACCCCAGACCGCCCACCAACGCUGCGUAUCUACCCUCAAAGGCCACUCCUCCGCCGUCUUCUCCCUCACCCUCGCCGGGAAAUUCAUCUACAGCGGCUCCUCCGACAAAGACAUCCGCGCCUGGCCCCGCGACCCUUCCCUCAUCCAAAACUCAACCCCCAACACCGUCGCCGCCGGCCACGGCGCGGUGAAAUCCCUAGUGACGCUCGGGGGAAAGCUGUUCAGCGCCCACCAAGAUCACAAAAUCCGCGUGUGGAAAAUCGACCCCGACCAGAAGCACUGCAAGUGCAUCGCCACGCUGCCCACCGCCGGCGACCGCUUCCUCCGCCUCCUCUCGCCGAAGAACUACGUGAAGGUGCGCCGGCACAAGAAAUGCACCUGGGUUCACCACGUCGACGCCGUGUCCGCGCUCGCCGUUUCGGCGGACGGGUCACUCCUGUACUCCGUGUCCUGGGACCGGACGCUAAAGUUGUGGCGGACCUCCGAUUUCCGGUGCCUGGAAUCGGUUGCGAACGCCCAUGACGACGCGAUCAACGCCGUCGCGGUAUCCGUCGACGGGUUCGUCUACACCGGCUCCGCCGACAAGAAAAUUAAGGUGUGGAAGAAGAGUACCAAUAAACAUUCGCUGGUUACCACUCUGGAGAAGCACAUAUCGGCGGUUAAUGCUCUGGCUCUUAGCCUCGACGGAUCCGUGCUGUACUCCGGCGCGUGCGACCGGUCGAUCGUCGUGUGGGAGCGGGUCAGCUGCGGCGUCGGCUACGGGCACAUGGUGGUAACGGGGGCGCUCAGGGGGCACACGAAGGCGAUAUUGUGCCUGGCGGUUGUGGCGGAUUUGGUGUGCAGCGGAUCGGCGGAUGGGACGGUGAGGGUUUGGAGAAGAGGAAUUGAGAGUGAGAGGCGACGUUACAGUUGCCUGGCGGUGUUUGAAGGUCACAAAGGCCCAGUUAAGAGCUUGACCGCCGCCGUCGAUAAUGGCGGCGGGUCGGGUUCAGAGAGUACCACUUCCUAUCUGGUUUACAGUGGCAGUUUGGACUGUGAUAUUAAAGCCUGGCAGAUUUGUGUUCCCUUUCUCUGAUCAAUUUUCCUCUUCUUCUUCUCUUCUUCUUUUCAUCUUCUAAAUCUUGUACAUAGUAAUGUAAAAUAUUUUUGAAAAUUCAUAAUUACAAUCAUUGUCGUUAUCCUUUUGAGUUUGUCUCGUGUAUUUGUUUGGCGUGUUUGUACUAAAAGUUUUGUUACAUAAAUUAAAAUGGUGAAAAGAGAGUCCAUAAAUUAUUAUUUUU